AUGAAUCCUCAAAGCCUCGGCCUUGCAUCGUCUUUGCUCGGCGGUCUCGACCAGCGAUUGCUCCAGCAACAGCAGCAGCUUCUUCAAAAUCCGUUUCGUCUUGGAACCCAGGCGCUUGACCCUGCUCUCAUCGCCCGAGCUCAAUUGACAUCGCAACUUCCACGACUCCCACAGCUUCCGCAAAUGAUUGAUCCGAUGCUCGCCGCUCAGUACGGCUACUCUCAGCUUCUUCACGGAGCUGGUGCCCGCAAAAACGCCACACGAGAAUCUACUGCUCCGCUUAAAAACUGGCUCAAGGAGCACCAGAAGAACCCGUAUCCUACAAAAGGAGAAAAAGUUUACCUCGCGCUCAUUUCCGGAAUGACCCUCACACAGGUUUCAACCUGGUUUGCUAAUGCGCGCAGACGACUCAAGAAGGAGAAUAAAUGGUCUCCAACAUCCGGCUUCGAAGAUGAUGAUUCUUCUUCUUCCCCAAAUAAGAGUUCUUCAGUGCUCGACGAGGAAACCAAUGCAGUAAAACGCGUGUCCGAAGAUCAUAUCGAAUCCGGAUACAGUUCUCACCAGUCGGACCACAGUUCGGAAACAUCACCAGAUAGAGCCGACUCACCAACAGUCUCCGAGCCCGCGCCCAUCCGAGUAUCCGCCAUUAGCGCGAGCAUUCCCGUUUCUCCCCCAAGCUCGACUCUCCCCAGGCCGAAAAUCUGGUCCCUCGCAGAGAUGACGACCUCGUCAGAUGACGAGGAAGAAGAGUUGAAUGUCAACUGA